ACCUGCGAACCAGGCUCAUUUCCUGACACAACACGCCGCCGUCCCGAGUUACUUAUAAGGAAGAACAAUCUGUGCGAGCUAAUAAUAAGGCCGUGUGAGCUCCAUAUCCCCCGGCUAUAUUUAGCGCCAUGAUUUGUAGAGUGAUUACAGAGCGCUGGCUUAUCGGCCGCCGCUGUCUGUCUGCUUCUACUUGCACCGAGCUCCCAGCAGCUGUGGUCAGCACCCCAUUGCCCGUGGGACGAAGAGCAAGCUUGAUUUACCCCGCAGCCCGCCCGUGUGGUUUUCCUGUGAGAAGAGCGCCCCCUGUGUUCUGUCCUGUGCCACUGCUGCACCCACCUAUUCUACCGACUCGUCGGCUUUGUAAUCUCGCCUCCAGGAAAGGAGAGUCGCUCUCCCCUCACAGAGACAUCCAGCCCGCGUUCCCCUAUUGGUCCAUUUCCAGGCCACUGACUCUAUCAGCUUACAUCAUGGCUGCCAGUGGGAAGAUUGACCUGAAUUCCCCCUCCACCACCUGGAAGGAGGCCAAAAAUAUCCUAAAAGGUCUCAACAAGAAGCAGAGACGGGAGCAGUAUGGAGCAAAAGAUUUUAUCAAACUUAAGGAUAUCCCAACAUGGAAAGAUACAGCAAAAAAGAUAAAAGCCAAACAACCCGAAGAAGUCAAGUUCCCAAAGAACAAAGACCUGAUUGAGAAAAUCUCUUUCUUCAGAGGUGACAUCACUAAACUGGAGGUAGAUGCCAUCGUCAACGCAGCUAAGAAUACACUCUUGGGAGGAGGAGGAGUGGAUGGAUGCAUACACCAGGCAGCAGGUCCUCUCUUGAAGCAUGAAUGCAGCUCUCUUGGUGGCUGUGAAACUGGACAGUCAAAAAUUACCUGUGGCUACCUACUUCCUGCUAGAUAUGUUAUUCAUACAGUGGGUCCAGUGGCAGAGGGAAAUCCUGGUCCCACACAAAAGGAGGAUCUGAGUAACUGCUACAAGAACAGCAUGCACCUGGCAUCUGAGAACAAGCUCCGCUCAGUGGCUUUCCCAUGUAUCUCUACUGGAGUAUUUGGAUACCCCUCUGAGGAGGCUGCUGAUGUAGCACUGGAAAACAUUAGGAGCUACCUGGAGGACCACAAGGACAAGUUUGACCGCAUUAUCAUCUGCGUUUUCCUGGAGAAAGAUGAAGAGAUUUAUCUCAAGAAACUUCCUGAAUAUUUCCCUUUUGAUCAAGAAGUCGAGUCCUGUAAGCUGUAGCCCUGUGUGUGAAGACCGAUCCAACCAGACCUGAUUCUUGUCUUUCGUCUCUUUCACACUCACUGUGAUAUCAGUAAA